AUGGAGAGCGCCGAUGCAGCCACGAUCGCCGAUGAAAACUUGAAAAUGAGGGUUGAGGUCAGGUUCCUUCUCAAGAUCGAGAUUCACUUCCCCGGGGCGGAAGUGAAGCAGUUCACCUUCCCUCAGUACUACACGGUGGACAAAGUCAAGACCGAGAUCUUUCGUAACAUGUCAAUGCUAAACGAGUCGAUGAAGUUUGAUUACCACCUCGGUCUGGACGAAGAGACCGCCAUCAAAGUGGAGUUCUCCAAACUCGUCAAAUGCCACCCCUCCAUUGAGGCGCAGGCCGCUGCAGACGAGGUCAUUUCGCUCUAUCUCAUCGCCCGCGCCAUCUCGCCGCGCAAGGCCAGCAUUUCGGACGGCACCUCACUGGUGGCCAAGCGGGCGAGCGCCUUCUCCGCAGUGCCGAACGAAGAGUGCCUUAGCCCAGGCCGAGGACGGCCCAAGGCAGCUAUGCUGUCUCCGACCUCGGUGCGAUCAGCCCUCAACCAAUCGGACCUCGAGGAGGAAGGGGACGACAGCAAAGACAAAGACGGCCGCAUACAGCGUACCAACUCGUUCGGCGAACGAAUCAGCCAGAUCAAGAGCCUCAAACAGAUGACCGCCUCAGCGGGUGCCAUACCACUCGAGGACUCCAAAAAGCAUUCGCUCAACAACAAAACGUUGCCUUCAUUCACAGGGCUAGUAACAUGGACUGAUUCGUUUAUUGUUUGUUUGUUGGCUACUCUCAGCCGAGGCCGUGCGCCGGAGUGGUGGCGACGGAACGGGAACGCCGAAGAAGGGGCACAGGAGGACACGAUCCACAGGCUUCAUUGUCUCUGA